UUUUUUCACUCCGACUUCGAAGUGGCACGCGGCGCUUUCAGCUUCCGGACGCGGUGAGCUGCGGUUCGCUCCUUUUUUCCGCUGACUUUGUUUUUAGGCGCCAGAGUUUGCACCCCCCUCCUCCCGCUGAAGGUCACGCUUGACCCUCCUCCGUUCGCUGAGGACGGGAUGCGCAUUCCUGAAGCGGACAGCGGCGCAGCGGAGAGCAUCCGCGGACGCUUCUCCUGCGGAACAGCCUCGACAGGCGCGCGGCGCGCUCCGGCGCGGGGGGGACAGCCGCAGUAGAGGGACCGCAGACUCCGCUCAUCGCUCUGGACCGAAGCUGCAGCUUCUCCGGUUCUGGUUCCGCGUCGGUGUUGGAUCCGCGCGCUCUGCCCGCUGUUGCUCCAAGUUUGGACUAAAGCUGGAAGUUGGAGACUCGCGGGAGACUUGAGCAGGUGGGGUGGACAGAGAGAUGAAUGGAGCGAGGACGUGACCAGUAGCGGAUCAGAAGUGGCGAGGGAGCAGAUACUGGACGAGGCCCACAGGAAGAAGCUGAACAGAGAGAAGUAAUCCAGCCGCCAGCGUUUGGGGGCAGUGCAGGUGGUGACGGGAGGGGCCAAGCCCAGCAUGCCGGCAGCAUGGAAAGGGUGAGGGAGCAGCGGCCUUUCUGCUCGCUGUCCAAGAGCCAGAGAGAGCGGGACAGGGACUGCGGCAGAGACAAGGACAGGGAGCGCCGCUACACCGCCUCCUCCACGGACCGGGACGAGGGGGCCUGCCGCGUGCCCACCCAGAAGUCAUACAGCUCCAGCGAGACCCUGCAGGCCUUCGACCAUGACCCUUCACGAAUGCUGUUUGGAGGCAGAGUCAAGGAGAUGGCCCACAUGGAGAGCGCCGAGUACGCCAGAGCAGGGCAGACGUUUUCACUGAGGCAACUCGGGAUUUGUGAUCCACCGCCUCGCAGAGGCUUGGCUCUUGGCCCUGAGGCCGGCCUGUCCCACCCACUCAGCAGCUACUCAAGGGGACCCGCCGCCACAGAAAACCAUGAACCUGUAUCACCGGAACGUACCAUCACUCUUUGGGGGACAGGGGCAAAAUCUGGGCAGAAUUCCUGCCUCUCCAGUCGCUCCAACUCGGCUCUCACGCUCACUGACACGGAAAUGGACAAUAAAUCGGACACAGAGAUGGGUGACCAUCUGUCGAGCCAACAGGCCCCGCCUCCUCUCCCACCAGCCCCGCCCCCGCACAAGCAGCACCCGUCCAUCACGUCCCUGAGUCGCGGCUCGCUGGCCAAUCAACGCAGCCCAAGUCCACCACCCACAGCCGGUCUGGCGGCUGACUUGCAGAGUACGGCGGAAUGCGUCCAGCUGCAGGACAGCUGGGUCCUGGGCAGCAAUGUGGCCCUGGAGAGCAGGCAUUUUCUCUUUAAGACGGGCACUGGGACGACACCUUUCUUUGGCGCGGCAGCCCCCGGUUACACCAUGGCAACAGGAACAGUGUACUCCACACCCGCGCGGCCGCUGCCCAGAAACAGCCUGUCCAGGGGGGCCUUCAAGUUCAAGAAGUCGCCCAAACAUUGUUCUUGGAAGUGCACGGCCCUGGUGGCGGUGGGCGUGGCCGUGGUGCUGUCCAUCAUUCUGUCCUACUGCAUAGCUAUGCACCUUUUUGGCCUCAACUGGCAACUGCAGGAGUUGAACAACCAGGUGGCUUUUGAAAAUGGAGGUGCUGGGAAGACCGGACCCACUCAGUCGAGCGCGGUGACGGCUCUGGCUGCUGACGGAAGGAUGGGGGGCUUCCCUCAGGAGAACAACUCCAUCGACACGGGGCAGGUGGACAUCGGGAAGAGGGUCGCUCAGAGCGUCCCCCCCGGGGUGUUUUGGCGCUCCUAUCUGAACAUGGACGAGCCGCGCUUCCUGAAGUUCAACAUCUCCGUGCAGAGGAACGCGCUGGUGGGAGUUUAUGGGCGGAAGGGCCUCGCUCCGUCCCACACUCAGUAUGACUUUGUGGAGCUGCUGGACGGGAGCAGACUCAUCGCCAAAGAGCACCGCACUCCGAGCGACGUGGACACGAAGGCCCGGCUGGAUCACCCGGUGACUCUCCACCAGGCCGGCUUCAUCCAGUAUCUGGAAUCAGGGGUGUGGCACUUUGCCUUCUACAACGACGGACGGAGUGUGGAAAUGGUCUCCUUCAACACCAUCAUCCAGGAGUCUGUGACAGAGUGCACACACAACUGCUACGGCAACGGCGAGUGCGUGGCGGGGUCGUGUCACUGUUUCCCAGGAUUCAUAGGACCGUACUGCUCCAGAGCCUCGUGUCCAGUGCUGUGCAGCGGGAACGGCCAGUACACCAGGGGGCGCUGCCAGUGCUACAGCGGCUGGAAGGGGACCGAGUGCGACGUUCCCGUCUCCCAGUGCAUCGAUCCUCAGUGUGGGGGGCACGGACUGUGCGUGGCAGGAAACUGUGUGUGCAACACCGGCCACAAGGGAGUCGGCUGUGAUCAAGUUGACUGUGUGGACCCCAAGUGCUCGGGCCACGGAGCGUGUCAUCAUGGAGAGUGCCACUGCAACCCGGGCUGGGGGGGCGUCAGCUGUGAGAUCCUGAAGAGCACCUGUCCAGAGCAGUGCUCCAGCCACGGCACCUUCAGCACCGACUCGGGAACCUGCGUCUGCGAGGCCAACUGGACCGGAGCCGACUGCUCCAUAGAGGUGUGUGUGGCGGACUGCGGCCCCCACGGCUCCUGCAUCGGCGGGGCGUGCCACUGCGAGGAGGGCUGGACGGGACCGGAGUGCGAGCAGAGGGACUGCCACCCCCGCUGCAUCGACCACGGAGUCUGCCGAGAGGGCAAGUGCGACUGCCACCAGGGCUGGACGGGGGAGCACUGCACCAUCGCUCUGGAUUCCAGAGUUUCAGGAGCAGUCAAGAUAGGAUAUAAAGACGGAUGUCCCGGUUUGUGCAACAACAAUGGGAGGUGCGUCUUGGACCAGAACGUCUGGCACUGCAUCUGCCAGUCAGGAUGGCGGGGGCUCGGUUGCGACGUUGCGACCGAAACUCUCUGUUCUGAUGGCAAGGAUAACGAGGGAGAUGGACUCACUGAUUGCAUGGACCCAGAUUGCUGCUUUCAAAUCGCCUGCCAGGGUCAGACCUACUGUCGUGGCUCCACUGACCCCGCCACAGUGGCGGGCCAAGGCCAGACCGCAGUCCUGCAGCCCAUGUCCAGGAGCUUCUCUGAGCGUGUCCGCUUUCUGAUUGGUCCCAGCGGCAGUCAUGUGAUUCCUGGGGAUAACCCCUUCAACAGCAGCCUUGCCUCCGUCAUCCGCGGUCAGGUUCUGACAGGAGACGGGACGCCUCUGAUUGGAGUCAACGUGUCCUUCCUGCACUACCCGCAGUACGGCUACACCGUCACCCGGCAGGACGGCAUGUUUGACCUCCUGGUGAACGGUGGAGCAUCGCUGACGCUGACGUACGAGCGCGCUCCGUUUCCCGCCUCGCACCGCACGAUCUGGCUGUCCUGGAACAUCUUCCACGUGAUGGACACGGUGGUGAUGAAGCGCGAGGAGAACGACAUCCCCAGCUGUUAUCUGACCGGUCUGGUUAGGCCCAACCCACUCAUUGUGGCCACGCCCCUCUCCACUCUGUACAAGACAUCUCCAGAGGACAGCCCCAUCGUGCCGGAGACUCAGGUGCUUCACGAACAAGUGGCCAUACCGGGCAGUGACCUGAACCUGGUCUACCUGAGCUCCAGGGCGCCUGGCUACAAGCCCAUCCUGAAGGUGCUUCUGACCCAGGACCGGCUCCCGUUUGGCCUGAUGAAGGUCCAUCUGAUGGUGGCCGUCAUGGGCCGUCAGUUCCAGAAGUCGUUCCCGGCGUUCCCUGACCUCUCCUACACCUUCAUCUGGGAUAAAACAGACGCCUACAAUCAGAAGGUCUUCGGCCUGGCGGAGGCUGUGGUGUCCGUGGGAUACGAGUAUGAGUCCUGCCUGGACGUGGUGCUGUGGGAGAAGAGGACGGCGGUGCUGCAGGGAUACGAGCUGGACGCCUCCAACAUCGGGGGCUGGACGCUGGACAAACACCACAUACUGGACGUCCAGAACAGCAUCCUCUACAAAGGCAGCGGGGAGAACCAGUUCAUCUCCCUGCAGCCCCCUGUCAUUUCCACCGUGAUGGGGAACGGCCGGCGCCGGAGCAUCUCGUGCCCCAGCUGUAACGGACAGGCUCAGGGGAACAAGCUGCUGGCCCCCGUGGCUCUGGCCUGGGGCAUCGAUGGAAGCCUCUAUGUGGGCGACUUCAACUUCAUCCGCCGCAUCUACCCCUCUGGAAACGUGACCAGCAUCAUGGAGCUCCGAAAUAAAGAUUUCCGUCACAGCAACAACCCGGCACACCGGUACUACCUGACCAUCGAUCCGGUCAGCGGGCAGCUCUACGUCUCCGACACAAACUCCCGGCGAAUCUACCGGCCGAAGACUCUGAGCGGCACCAAGGAGCUGCAGGCCAACGCGGAGGUGGUGGCAGGAACCGGAGAGCACUGUCUGCCCUUUGAUGAGAACCACUGCGGCGAUGGAGGGAAAGCUCCGGAGGCCUCCCUCACCGGACCCAAAGGCGUUGCCGUGGAUAAAAACGGGCUGCUGUAUUUCGUGGACGGCACCACCAUCAGAAAGGUGGACGGCAACGGCAUCAUCUCCACUUUCCUGGGCUCCAACGACCUGACCUCAGCUCGUCCGCUCACCUGCGACAACAGCAUGGACAUCAAUCAGGUGAUUUUGGAGUGGCCCACAGAUCUGGCAGUCAGCCCCAUGGACAACUCCCUGUACGUUCUGGACAACAAUGUCGUCCUGCGCAUCACAGAAAACGGCCAAGUGAGCAUUGCAGCUGGCCGACCUGUCCACUGUCCCCUGGCUGGGCUGGAGCGGGGAGCAGCCGGAGGUCAAAGGGCGCACCUAACGCCGCUGGAAUCUGCUGUCGCCAUCGCGUUAUCUUACCAUGGAGCCAUCUACAUAGCAGAGACGGAUGAGAGAAAGAUGAGCCGCAUCCGCAAAGUUUCUGUGGAUGGGGAGAUAACACAUUUGGCCGGGGCCCCCUCUGACUGUGACUGCAAGAACGACGCCAACUGUGACUGUUACCAAGCAGGGGAUGGCUAUGCCAAAGACGCCAGGCUCAAUGCUCCGUCUUCUUUGGUGGCGGCUCCAGAUGGAACACUCUACGUGGCAGACUUGGGGAACAUUCGCAUCCGAGCGAUCUCCAGAAACGGGCCAGCGUUGACUUCCACAGCCAGUGCUUACGAGGUGGCCUCCCCGGAUGCCCAGGAGCUGUACAUGUUUGACAUCAACGGCACCCACCAACACACUGCCAGCUUACUGACGGGCGACCUGAAAUACACUUUCAGCUACAGCACGGAGAAUGACAUCACAGCUGUCACUGACAGCAACGGCAACACCCUGAGGAUCCGGCGAGAUGCUAGCCGCAUGCCUGUGCGUAUCGUCACGCCGGAUAACCAGGUGAUCUGGCUGACUAUGGGCACCACCGGCGGACUGAAAACUCUCACAGCUCAGGGCCAGGAGCUCGUGCUUCUCACUUACCAUGGCAACAGUGGGCUGCUAGCUACAAAGACAUCAGAGAUUGGCUGGACGACUUUCUACGACUAUGACAGCGAGGGUCGGCUAAUGAAUGUGACGUUUCCAACUGGAAUGGUGAAUAACUUGUACGCAGACAUGUACAGCGCCUUGACGGUGGAGAUCGAAAGCUCGCUGUCAGAGGAGGAAAUCAGCAUCACAACCAACACCUCCAGCAUCCGCGCCUUCUACAGCAUGGCUCAGGACCAGUGUAGAAGCAGCUUUCAAGUGGGCUUCGAUAAUUCUCUGAGGAUUACCUACGCCAACGGGAUGGACACCCACUACCAGACGGAGCCCCACAUCCUGGCAGGCGCUGCCAACCCCACUGUCGCCAGGCGCAACAUGAGCCUGCCAGGGGAGAGCGGGCAAAAUCUGGUGGAGUGGCGCUUCCGGAAGGAACAAGCCAGAGGGAAAGUUAGCGUGUUUGGACGCAAGCUGAGGGUCAACGGGAGAAACAUUCUUUCUGUGGAUUACGAUCGCAGCCUGAGGACCGAGAAGAUUUAUGAUGACCACAGGAAGUUCCUCCUGAAAAUUAUAUACGACACGGCUGGUCAUCCCGUCCUCUGGCUGCCCAGCAGCAAGCUGCUGCUGCCGGUGAAUGUGAGCCGCACCAGCAGCGGGCAGAUCAGCGCCCUGCAGAGGGGCCCCACCACCGAGAGGCUGGAGUACGACAGCCAGGGGCGCAUGGUCUCCAGAGUCUUUGCUGAUGGGAAGAUCUGGAGUUACACCUACCUGGAGGAGUCCAUGGUUCUGCUGCUGCACAGCCAGCGCCAGUACAUUUUUGAGUUUGACUCUCUGGACCGCCUGUCGGCCAUCACCAUGCCAAGCGUGGCCCGCUACACCGUUCAGACCAUCCGGUCUGUGGGUUACUACAGGAACCUUUAUCACCCUCCAGAGAGCAAUGCCUCCGUAGCUGUAGACUUCAGCGAAGACGGCCUCCUGCUGAGGAUCUCGCACUUCGGCAUGGGCCGUCGAGUCCUGUACAGGUACCGCCGGCAGAACAAGCUGGCAGAGAUCCUGUAUGACAGCACCAGGGUCAGCUUCACCUACGACGAGACAGCUGGUGUUCUGAAGACAGUCAACCUGCAGAAUGAGGGUUUCAUCUGCUCCAUUCGUUACCGCCAAGUGGGCCCCCUGGUGGACAGGCAGAUUUUCCGCUUCAGUGAAGACGGCAUGGUGAAUGCACGGUUUGAUUACACGUACGACAGCAGUCUGCGUGUCACGAGUGUGCAAGGGGUCAUCAACGAAACGCCACUCCCCAUCGACCUGUACCAGUUUGACGACAUCUCCGGAAAGAUCGAACAGUUUGGAAAGUUUGGAGUGAUCUAUUACGAGAUAAACCAGAUCAUCUCCACGGCAGUCAUGACUUACACAAAGCACUUUGAUGCACAUGGGCGCAUCAAGGAGAUCCAGUACGAGAUUUUCCGUUCACUCAUGUACUGGAUUACCUUCCAGUAUGACGAUGUGGGGAGAGUUACUAAGCGAGAGCUCAAGAUCGGUCCCUUCGCCAACACCACAAAGUACAGCUAUGAGUAUGAUGUAGACGGCCAGCUCCAGACAGUGUACCUGAAUGACAAAGUGAUGUGGCGCUACACAUAUGACCUCAAUGGGAACUUGCACCUGCUGAAUGCAGGAAACAGCGCCAGGCUUCUACCUCUGCGGUACGACCUGAGAGACCGCAUCACACGCCUGGGUGACAUCCAGUACAGAAUGGAUGAGGACGGAUUCCUCCGUCAAAGAGGAGCGGAAAUCUUUGAGUACAACUCCAAAGGACUUUUAGUACGAGUCUACAGCAAAAGCAGUGGCUGGACAAUUCAGUAUCGCUACGACGGACUGGGACGCAGAGUAUCUACCAAGACCAGCCUGGGUCAGCACCUGCAGUACUUUUAUGCAGAUCUGAGCUACCCAUCACGGAUAACUCACGUCUACAACCACUCCAGCUCAGAAAUCACAUCCUUCUACUAUGACCUCCAGGGUCACUUGUUUGCCAUGGAGAUCAGCAGUGGAGAAGAGUACUACAUCGCCUGCGAUAACACGGGCACACCUCUGGCUAUCUUCACCAGCAACGGCCUUUUGGUCAAACAGUUGCAGUACACUGCAUACGGCGAGAUCUACUUUGACUCCAACCCAGACUUUCAGCUGGUGCUUGGCUUCCAUGGAGGACUUUAUGAUCCGCUGACUAAACUGCUGCACUUUGGGGAGCAGGAUUAUGACAUAAUGUCUGGCAGAUGGACGAUUCCUGACAUCUCUGUGUGGAAAAGAGUUGGGAAAGAACCAGCGCCUUUUAAUUUAUACAUGUUCAGAAACAACAACCCCAUCAGCAAAGUCCAUGACGUCAGGGAGUACGUUGCAGAUGUGAACAGUUGGCUUGUGACCUUUGGCUUUCACCUUCAUAACACCAUUCCGGGGUUUCCUGUUCCAAAGUUUGAUUUAACCGUGCCAUCCUAUGAACUGAAGAAGAGCCAGCUUUGGGAUGAUCUGCCGCCCAUCUCUGGGGUGCAGCAGGAAGUAACCAGACAAGCGCAUUCCCUCUUGUCGUUUGAGCGGCUGCCUGAGGUCCAUGUCAGCCGAGGUCGAAGAGGUGAAAAGCCUUGGCUGUGGUUUUCAGCUGCCAUGUCUCCCAUUGGAAGAGCUGUUAUGUUUGCCAUCUACAAAGGCAGCGUCCACACUCAUGCACUCAACGUGGCCAGUGAGGACUGCAUCAAGGUUGCAACCAUCCUUAACAACGCUUUCUACCUGGAGGACCUCCACUUCACCAUUGACGGGUGGGACACGCACUACUUUGUGAAGCCGGGCCUUCCUGACGCCGACCUGGCAGCGCUGCACCUCACCAGCGGGCACAAGACUUUGGAGAACGGCAUUAACGUGACCGUCUCGCAGUCCACCACUGUUAUGGACAGUCGGACACGUCGCUUCGCAGACGUGGAGGUUCAUGCCGGAGCUCUGGCUUUCCACAUCCGCUACGGCUCCACUGUGGACGAGGAGAAGACACGGGUGGUUGAACUGGCUCGCCAGCGCGCUUUGACAGGCGCGUGGGCCCGAGAGCAGCAGCGAGUGCGAGAUGGCGAGGAAGGGGUUCGGCCUUGGACUGAGGGUGAAAAGAGGCAGCUCCUGAGCGGUGGGAAAGUCCUGGGCUACGACGGCUACUAUGUGCUUUCCAUCGAGCAGUACCCGGAGCUGGCAGACAGCUCCAACAACAUCCACUUUCUACGGCAAAGCGAAAUCGGAAAAAGGUAACAACAAGAGGAGCUUUUUCUUCCAAAGACAAUUUGGUGAAGAUGUCAACGUGGACUACGCAGUUGCUCAUAUGUAAAUCGAGUGUUGGUGUGGUUUUUUUGUAAAAAAUAAUAAUAAACAAGAAAAAUAAUCAAAGACAUAAAGGAAAAAAGGGUCUAAAGCAAUGCUGUGCAUUGAGACCAACAGACAACAAAAUACAGUCAAUGUACAACUACACUAAGCCUUAACACGGCAAUUACAGGUCGCUUCCUCUGCAGCACAAGCCGUUUGGACCCGGGACUCUGAAGCAGAGGAACGGUGCAUCUCUGAGGAGCUCGUUUAGGUUUUUAUGUUUGUCUCAAGAGAAGUUUGGCUCAAUAGUGUUUUGAGAAGAGAGGAAAUGUUUACAUUAUGCAUAUCUGCACUUCUAUAGAAGUACCAGGCUCAUUUGUACCCUCCUCGAGCAAGCAGUGUUCUCCGGCAGUCUUAUUUCUGUUUUUCUAAUCAGAGACUUCUGAUGUUUUUUUGAAAUAUCCUCACCAAGCAACCACUAUGUCCACCAGAUUAAGCACUGUAAACAUGAACGGUCUAAUGCUCUUUGAGAUGCCUUCAAAACAGAACAAAAAAAGAAUAAAAAUAAAAAGCAGCUUUUUAAUUACCCAGUAUUCAUUGUGGAGAAAAAAAGCCGAGUAUGGUGAAGGUGUGAAUGUGGGGGGGGACGUGAAGCAGCACAGAUGUGUCUUGGAUAUCACAGAGACAUCACGUUUUGUAAAUUAUCCAAGAGUUUGAUGCUGUUUAUUUUGCUUUUAUUUAUUUAUUUUUUAAGUAAAUUCUGUUCGAGUCAUUAACAAUCAUUUAUGAUGUGUUUAUACAUAAAUAAAGUCCAACUGGUUUUAAUUUAA